AUGGCGCCGAACCACAGCGUGAAUGGCCUGCCGGUCAUUCUUCACGGCAGACAAAGGCAGGGGCCCUCGACCUUUGAGUGGAACAGCCAGAUGCCAACCAUCAGGCGGCUCUACAUGGACGAGGACAGGACGCUGAAGGAGGUGGUGAGGAUCAUGAGGGUGGAGCAUGACUUCAUUGCGUCAGAGAAGAUGUUUAAGACGCGGCUCAUCAGCUGGGGCCUGCGCAAGAACAUCAGGCUGAGGGCAGGGCGGGACGAUGACGUCGUCCAGAAGCUCGCGUCGCCCACCGAUAACGCCCAGCCGGCAUCCCACUACGCGCCUGUGAGGAGCCGCACCGUCCGGCUGUCGAACGGCCUCAUCGUCGACGCCGACCGGCUCGCCGAGCACGUGCGCCGCAAGAGAUACCGGUCCAAAGGCGGCAACUGUCCGCCGAACAUCACGACGGUCCGGCCCCCGGACUCGUACUGCAUCUUCGAGACCGUCUUCGCCUCUGCCCAGUCGUACAUCCUGGGCCGCUUCCAGGGGGUCGUCACCACGCCCGAGGCGCUCGACAAGGUGCGCGAGGGUGACCAGCUGGUGACCCGCUGGGUGAGCUACAGCUCGGCCAUCAGGUCCGCCACCCUGGAGCGGCCGCUGCUGAAGAGGUCCGCCGCCUCGGAGAAGCAGAUGUUCAACGACGCGCUGCCGGCCAACGUCACCGGCUACAUAUUCUUCUUCCUGAUGAUCAGCACCCGGCGGAAUAUCUUCCCGGAUGAACCCAUGGCGAAGCAGUUCUCGGCCGUCGUGAAGGCCCUGAUGAGGUACAUGGCGGUGGCCUUCUCCGCCGAGGACAUCGAGUUGCCCGUGCCUCUACGACAGCUGCUCCGAAACAUAGCGAGCAUCGAGGACGAGUAUCUGUUGAACAGACUCGCCGUUCAAGCAUGGAAACUAAACUGCAAGACGUGGGAAUCCCUUUUGGGCGGCCGGGGCGGUAGCAAGACCCUUAUCAACGACUGGCUGUCUUUUCAGUAUGCCGGCGAGUCCAAGCUACCCAAGAACUUCGGGGAUUUCAUAGAUGACACGCUCAGGAGAUCAGAGCCAAAAUACGGCCCUUCGUACGCGCAGAUCCUCUGGUACUCUGCCCAUUAUCGGUUCACAAAGGACAAGGACGCCGGACUGGACCCCAACAAAAACGAGGAGAUCGUUGCAAUCUACAAGCAGAUCCUGCGGUCCGGGCCGACCCUGGUGCCCCGGGUGAAUUCUCUCAGGAUGCUUGCAGAGGUCAGCAAGGGCAACGGUGACGGCGAGGCGAUGGAGGGGUAUUUGCGCGAGGCAAUCCAUGUCUUGCGCACCGAGCGGGGGGAAGAUGAGCCGAUGAUAUUGACUUACAUAACCGAGCUUGAAGGCUGGCUAGAGGAGCUAGGCUUGCACGAGAGAGCAAAGAGCGUGGCCGACUGGAAGUCCGAGUACACAAGGCCUGCCCCGGAGUGA